GGUGUUUCUGUAGGUGAAAUGAAGGCGCAGAAAAGGUGUUUGUAGCGAUGAAGCUGAACGAGAAGAACCAACGGUGAAGAGGGAAACAAACGUCGCGCGUAAAGUGGUCCGAAGUAGGAGAAAAGAGAUUGUUAAAUAAAUGAGAGUGACGUGCGCUAACGAGGUCAAAAACAAACGAAAGAUGUGCAAUGUCGUGGAUAAACUGUAAGCAAGACCAUGAUCAGUACCGUAUUUUAACUAUUCCCGUUUAGAAAUUAUUACCGGAAGUAGGUCGCUCGUUUGUUGCAUAGUUGCCAAGGCGACUGACCACCGAUGGUGGUCUAUUGAAUAAAUUUAAGUGCGUGCACCGUCAACACCGAAAUGUGCUACUGAUUCGUUAGCCAUUGCGACGAACACGCUUGCCAAACGGGGAGAUAUCCCCAUGAUAGAACCUAGAACGCGGCCGAACCGAGGAUCGCUAUAAUGGACUAUUCGGUUCUUGGCCACUACGAUCCUUCCGUUGAGGUCGUGGCGGGCGACCAGGAGCUGAUCUGGGAAGAAUCAAACUAUGACUUAUCAAGCGAGGGGUUUGUGCCUGCGGCGGAACAGUUUGGCGAGGAAUUUGCAGGUGCGGAAUUCCAAGAGACUAGAACCUUAUUGGCCGAUGGAGGUGAUAGAUUCGGUGUUUCCACCGUCACCUUUGACAAUGCCGAAGAACUCAUGUGGAUGGGAAACCAAGGGGGUCACGUGACGUCUUACUAUGGGCCUGGCCUCCAGAAAUACACGUCGUUUCAAGUGCAUGCCUCACAAGAAGUCCGACACAUCCAUCCGAUUGACGAAGGAAUCCUUGUGCUCACGCAAAGUAUGCUUCGUUGUCAGCUACGGCGUGGCAUACCGAUAUUUACUCACACGUCCUCAAACAUGAUAGACAUGCAAUGCAUGCUUCAAACAUCACCUGCGAGACUACUUAUGGGAGGUCAUCAAAAAAAAAUUAUUGAUUUCAAUCUCACCAGAGGGAAAGAAACUGGCCUGGUACACGUCGGCGAUCACGGUUGUGCAAUAUUGAGACAGCACAGCCGUCUUAUAUGUGCAGGCAAUCCUGCUGGGAGAAUAGACCUUCGGGAUCCAAAUACUCUGUCGAUAGAACACACUCUAGACACCCACAGUGGCUCACUGAGCGACUUUGAUGUACAAGGAAAUUAUCUAGUUACUUGUGGAUUUAGCAAUAGCCGCCAGGGUCUCUCGGUAGAUAGAUUUCUGAUGGCUUACGACUUGAGACAAAUGCGAGCACUUACUCCCUGCACAACUCUUGUCUAUCCUCUCUUACUCAAGUUUCUUCCGAGCUACUCGAGUCGGAUUGCUGUUGUGUCGCCCUUGGGACAGAUGCAGCUUCUGGAUACAAUCUACGCCAAUGUUCAACCAUCCAUGACUUGUUUGUACCAAGUGGCCACUGCCGGUGCUAUGGCACUGUCCUUUGACGUGUCAUCUACGUCACAAUGUCUUUGCUUCGGUGAUUCAGCUGGAUCGAUUCAUUUCCUAGCCACCAACACACCUGAACCACAAUUCAACACUUUCUCCAGACCCACCGAGUUUGCUGACCCAGUCGAAACGCUGCAGCCUAUCGCAUUUGACGACAAUGUUACGCCUCUCAGUACGAUACCUAUGGUGUACUCUGGACAACCUUUGCUAAGCGAUUGGUCCGAAGAAUAUCUCAAAAAAGUUUACAGAAAAACACCGCCUGUCGAUCCAGAAAUUUUACGCACAAUGAAAAUGCAAGGGACUAUAGGAUACGCGCCGAAUCCUCAGGCCUUCCGCAGAAACCAAAUCCCCUACAAUUUGGAAAAACGACGUGGCGUAGCUAGUAAACUAUUCGCAGGGGAUUCUCGCGCCAAGGCGGAAGCAGAUGGCACGUUUAUUGCCAUACCUAAACGUUAUCGUAAAAUUGAAGUGAAAUACUCUAGGCUUGGAUAUGACGAGUUUGAUUUUGACCAGUACAAUCGCACCAGCUUUUGCGGCUUGGAAGCAACCCUACCAAAUAGUUAUUGCAAUGCUAUGCUCCAGCUCCUUUACUUCAGCGAACCGGUGAGAAUAGCUCUUUUAUCGCACUCUUGUCAAAGAGAGUUCUGCCUCUCGUGCGAACUGGGCUUUCUCUUUCACAUGUUGGAUACGUCUCAGGGCUUUCCUUGUCAGGCUGCAAAUUUUCUUAGAGCUUUUAGAACGGUUCCCGAGGCUUCAGCGCUUGGAUUGAUACUCAGCGAUCUGCAUCCGGAAGCUAAGAGAAAAACAAGUCUGAUACGGCUUAUUCAGAGCUGGAACAGGUUCAUUCUACAUCAAAUGCACUACGAAAUUCUGGAGACACGGAAACGCGUUCAGGAAGAAGAGGAGGCUGCCCGUCUCAAAGCUGGACCUAAAAAUCCACCAUUUGUUUACAAUGAACAGGAUUUUCCCAGCAUUCUUCAAGAUCUGGGUUCUCGAUACAGGAGUCAUGACGAGGAUAGGAAAAAGAGAAGGAAGCAAGAGGAGGAUGGUAAAUAUAUGUGGAUUACAUCGAAAGAUACAACGAAUUGCAGAAAACCAACAGAAGAAACGGAAAUUCGAAACGAAGAAACUGAAAUCAGCCAACUAUUUGGUUCCGAGCAAAUUCAUAUUCAUCGAUGCCUAAAGUGCGGACGGGAGGCAUCGAAGCGCUCCAUCAUGCUGUUGUGCAACUUGACUUAUCCAGAAAUCAUAAACCCUCCAGAGGAGAUUCCAUUCACAUCAGUUUUAGGAAGUAGCUUGAGACCGGAGAAAAUUACUCCAGCUUGGUGUGACAACUGUCAAAAGUUCACGCCGACGCUGCAAACUAGACAAUUGACAAAACUGCCCCAAAUUCUGGCUCUUAAUUGCGGUUUGGACAGUCAACAGGAUAAAGCCUUUUGGCAGAACCAAAUGGAUCUUGUUGUACAGAGAGUCAUUAAUGGGAAAGAUGCUAGCCCAGCUCGCAGUCCGAUAUCUGUAACCAUAAAGCCGUGUCGUUACGGUGCAAACUGUACGAGAAUUGGUUGUCGAUUCAAACACGCAGGAAAAGAUUCAGAUGCUGUACCACCGCCAGCGACACCACCAACAGCGACAACGCCUGUACCAACGCCACCAAGCCACCUAUAUUAUUCUCACUCAUGGGUUCCUCACCAUAUUGAAAUAGCGCUAACUUCAAACGGAGAACUGUCAAUAAAUAAGCUCGACAAAAUAACUACCACUGAACCCAGCCUGACCACCAUUAAUACUCCUGUACAAAAGUUAGCUGAAAACGGCCAGGGUGACAAUGAAGUUGAGACGAGUAUACCUGUUUUUGAGAAAACAGUGGAGAGCAUGGCGAGCGAGAACCACAAAGCCGAGCUUGAAGGCACCCCGGCUCUCAGCAAUAAGUUGGAACCUUCAGCUGUCAGCGGUGUUAAAAAAAUACAGUACAGUCUCAGUGCUGUAGUCUGUCACAUAGACGACAAAAACGACGAAGACCGAAGAAACAUCGUUGCUCUAAUACGCGUUGCUCCAAGCUACCACAAACGAUCGACUGGCAGUGCAGUGUCUCAGUGGUACAUCUUUAAUGAUUUCUGCAUAUCUGCAGUGACGCCUCAGGAAGCUGUCUGGUUCAAUCUCGAUUGGAAAGUACCUUGCGUUCUCCAUUACACCACAGAGCCGUUCCCAGAAGUAGCACCCUUUAUCAGUCCGCUUACGUCAGACGUGUUUGGUGAGGACAAGUGCAUUGCUCGUAGCGGAGGAACGAGGGGUAUUACUUUCACACCGUUAACAUCAGAUGAGAUGCCAAAGAAAGGAGAAUUGGUGGCGAUAGACGCUGAAUUCGUAACUCUAAAUCAGGAAGAAUCUGAGCUGAGAAGCGACGGGAAAAUGUCGACAAUCAAACCGAGUCAUAUGUCCGUUGCACGAAUAACUUGUAUACGCGGUCAAGGACCAUUGGAGGGGACCCCGUUCAUAGAUGACUACAUUAGCACUCAAGAACAAGUAGUUGAUUAUUUGACAAAGUUCAGUGGAAUACAACCGGGAGAUUUGGACGCUAAUUUCAGCAGUAAGCACUUGACCACGCUGAAAUCAACCUAUCAAAAAUUGCGAUUUUUAGUGGACAAUGGAAUAAUAUUCGUCGGUCAUGGGUUGAAGAACGAUUUCAGGGUAAUAAACCUGGUCGUGCCACCGGAACAAGUAAUCGACACCGUAUUGCUCUUUCAUUUACCUCACCAUCGUAUGGUGUCCCUGCGGUUUCUUACCUGGCAUUUCCUUGGUAAGAAAAUACAAUCGGAAACGCACGAUUCAACGGAGGAUGCACGCGCUGCCCUAGAGUUGCAUCGAAAAUAUAAAGAGCUUGAGGCACAGGGAAACCUGACGGAAACUCUGAAAGAAUUAUACAGCGUUGGCACCAAGCUACAAUGGAAGGUUCCAGAUAGCUGAUACAGGGAUGACGUGAUAGACGGGACAUGUGAAAUCAGACCAAGCAGUGCUCAUAUCUUUUAACAGUGCGAGACUUUAGGAAAGUCAUAAGAAAAAGGGGGAAAAAAUAUUGUAAUUUGGCAAAUGCCGAGGUCGUGAAUUUUACGUCAUUCAUUUGUAUCCGUUUACUUUUUUUUUUUUAAAAGGGAGUAUUUUAUUCAUAGCCUUGUGCAAUUCGGCAAUUAUUUGUACCAACAAUUUUUUUUUUACGGAGAUAUAAGGUGAGUUUUGAACGAAGUUAAACUUUGUUAUUGGUUUUUUUUAGGCAUAUUGAUAAUUGACAAAUUUUUGAAUAGUUUUAAUUAUACGGGUAUUUGAUGGUAGUUGCGAACGAGAUUGGUUUGCAAAAAUGUUCAAACGUAAGUGAAUAUCCAGGUGUCCAUUAUUUUUAUAACGUAUGUGUAGGUAUGUAAACGAUUUGAACGGAAUGAGAUUAAAAAUUCACGGGAAAACUGCCGUUAUUAACAAAUUACAUAGUCGAUACUUCAACUCAUCGCUCCUACAAUAAAAAGAGAAAAGAAAUACAUACGAUUGUUGUUUAAUAAUUGGAAGUGAAAUAAGUAGUCAAGAAAUUCUUGUCAAUCGUGGUUGCAAAACAUUUCUAUAACUGUUAGUUUACUUACCAAAUAAUACGUGUAAUAUAUUGUCCAAUAGCGCCCCAAUUUUAUUUUGAUUUUUUUCAAGAGAAACGCAGUGACAUCGUAAAACUGCAUUUUAGUACAUAUAUUACAUAUUUAUUUUUGCUUUUGUAAUAAUGAUAAUAACUGUUUCGGUUUCAAAACAGUAACGAUUAGUAAAAUUCCGAAAUAGGAUUGCAGUAAUUGUAAAUAUAUACUUAUUACACUGUUUACCAGUUUAUUAAAAAUACCUAGAUCAUUUUUUUAAUCAUAAAUUAUGUUCCCUAAUAGUAAAAAUGUUAUCGUGAAAACUUCUCUUUUGUUUAUCUUUUUCUUUUUUUCAGUUAAUUUCGCUCCCUUUAAAUUAACCGAAUUUUACGUAAACUGUUGUUUAUACGCAUCUUUAUUUCUGGAGUUCAAUAAUUCGCUCGCUAUCCUGUUGAAUGUAAAAUUACAAGAGCCUGUUUUCUUCGAUUGAACAAAGAUAAAAAUAAGACCAAUCAACCGUAUCUACAAAAAAUAAAAAAUGCACAUGGUAACGAAAUAACAUGUAUAUUUUACAAACUAAUGGUAUACAAAUUGUAGAUUACUUUUAUAAGAAUUUUGACAAUGAAAAAAAAAAAACAAAAAAUUGGUCAAAGCGUACCUACCAUAAAAAACAAAAAUACUAUACAGUAUAUUUUCGGAUAUUUGGAUAAAUUUACUUAUUAUUCUUAUUCUUAUUGUUAUUACUAUUACGAUUUUUACUACCAUCAUUAUUAUCAUUAUUUACCGCUGUGGAACUUACCAAUUGUGACAAGUGUGUCACACGUACACUGUGAAGCGACAUUUAGAAA